ACCUAAUCUAUGGUGAACAUGGCCGCGAAACAAAAUUCAAUCGUUGAUGACCAAGCAUCAUCCGAUGAUAUUCCGUUGACAUCCUUAGAGGAAAGUCUUUUCAGUUCGGAGAAGCUUGAUAGAGCUUCACCAGAACUAUGGCCUGAACAAAUUCCGGGAGUAUCGGAGUUUGCACCGAUGCCAGGCACGCAGGAGCCUUCCUGGAAUGAAGGUCUCACAAAACAGGACUACACUUACAUGCAACAACUUGGAACACUUACAGUGAGUGGUCUCAUCAUGGAAGUCAAAAAACUUCAUGACUUAGCUUAUCAACUGGGCCUGGAAGAAGCUAAAGAGAUGACCCGUGGAAAAUACUUGAAUAUAUUUGCAUCAAAAAGGCAACGGUAGAUACUUAAUUUCAAGAGGAGUAAGUGUAGUCCUAGCAUUAAAAUGUUUUUUUUUUUGUUUUUGAAAUUUGCAGAUAUUACUAAAGCUAUGUAUAAUCUUACCUUUCAGUCUAAAAUUUCUAACUUCAAAUAAUUGUAGUGGUCAUGAGAGUAACUCUUAUCAAUCAACCCUUAGCAUUGUGGUAACAAGCAAUAUUAUUUACCUGUGACCACUUCUCAGAUCAAUCACAUUUGUGUAAAUUUCAGUUUCAUUUAAACUUUGCAUUACUACAAAGCAACUUUAAUGACAGCAGCUAAAUUGUGAUAUACAAUGAAGGUUCCCUUUUUGAAACAUGAGAUUAGUUUAAAUUAUAUUUUGUAUUUUC